AUGCCUGCUACCAUCGACGAUAUGUCAACGUGCGAUAGCAAUCUCGACGGCAAAACUAAAAAGGACUUCAACAAACUCUUCCGACAACUCAUCGAAGAUGAUUCUGAAUCUGUUCGACGCGAAUCUCAGAUCAUCCAUUACAACACCAACCUGAAUCCAAUCCACUUGUUUGGAUGGCUUACUGAUGUGUCAACUUGGCCAGCGUGUGAUGACUAUUGUGAGGUUGGGUACCUGAUAGAGGAUUUACUGUUCAAGCUCAAGGACGGAUCGUUGGCGCUGGAGGAGGUGGGCUUGACACAUUGGUGCGCUCUGUCCAAAGCCAAGCGUACCAACUGGAAGAGCAUGCUCCGACUUCUCUCGAAGGCUGUAGAGCGUCCUGGUCGACCUAAAUUGGAUUAUCUGGAUGCUAGUGACGUGGAAUUUGCGGCCGCAGCUGCG